GCCCGGCUUCCUUCCAGAAUUCUCAGGAUCACUCCGACUUUCUUCGAACAGAGAAAAAGGGCAGGAAGAGGCAAAAGAGAACGAGGCCAAGCGUCCCUUCAUAAAGAGCCAUUGGUUCGCGCCCAAAAAUACGUAGAGGAUCGGAGGCUGAGAGAGAGGCUCAAGGGCUUCUUCAAUCCUGACAGCCGGGCGGCGCGCUUACCAUCAUCAUCCAACCCGCUUGCGCCCCUCGCUCCCGGAAAGGACACCUGUUGCCGAAUGCAAAAGCAGCUAUUGAGUGGAAGUUUAAAAUCCACAGAUGCACCACUACCGACACAUUUUUACUUCUUUGUUCCCUUGAACCGCAUUGAGAGAAUCUCUCAUCAACCAUCAACCCGGCACUACAACCUCCCUCUGGCUCCCCGAUAGCCGCUUGCCAUCAACCCCCGACAUCCCUCAGUGUCCUACGUGGAUUGCUCAAGAUGGCCCAGAUCCGCGGAACAGCAGGUUAUAACCUGUCGAAUCAUAACGCGUUUGGCGCGCCCAGCAGAGGAGAUAUGGAUAGCGAUCCAAGUCCCCUUGACGCGAUCAGGGAGCAAACCAGCAAGAUCGAAGACUUCCUGGACACUCUGAGCGAUCCAGUCAAGCCAUACCUACCAGCAAUUGGCCGUUUCCUCAUCGUUGUGACUUUCUUGGAGGAUGCGCUCAGAAUUCUGACACAAUGGAGCGACCAAUUAAUAUAUCUACAUGACUACCGCAAGAUUCCGUCCGGCAUCACCCACCUAUUCCUGCUCAGCAAUGUCAUCGCCAUGUUCACUUGCUCGACUCUCGUUAUUACGCGGAAAUACUCUGAUUACGCGGUUGCUGGAUUAAUUGGCGUUGUUGUCACCCAAGCGCUUGGAUAUGGACUCAUCUUCGACCUGAACUUCUUUCUACGCAAUCUGUCUGUUAUGGGUGGCUUGCUGAUGGUUCUUUCCGACUCUUGGGUCCGCAAAUCGAAGGCCUUCGCCGGUCUACCCUCGAUCGAUGAGAAAGACCGCAAAAUGUACUUCCAGCUUGCUGGUAGAGUUUUGCUGAUUUUCCUUUUCAUUGGGUUCGUGUUUAGCGGGAAAUGGAGCAUUUGGAGAAUCAUUGUGGCGCUCUUUGGCUUCGUGGCUUGUGUCAUGGUUGUCGUGGGCUUCAAGGCAAAAUUCAGUGCGAUCAUGUUGGUUGUCAUCUUGAGCAUUUUCAACCUAUUGGUCAACAACUUCUGGACGCUCCACGAGCACCACCCUCACAAAGAUUUUGCCAAAUACGAUUUCUUCCAGAUCCUGUCUAUUGUCGGGGGACUUCUGCUGCUUGUGAACAGCGGACCUGGCAAAUACAGUAUCGACGAGAAAAAGAAAGUGUACUAAAAGUCG